AACAUUUUUUAUGAUGGUAAUUUAAAACGUAUUUCUGCAACCUUAUAUCAAAAAUAUGGUGACAUUUGCGAAUUCAGAUUGGGUGGUUACCGAAGAAUACUUCUUUCUAGGACAGAUUACUUUGAAGAUUUAUUAAAUCCUUCAACGAAAAAUGCAAUGUUAUUUGCGAAACAUGAAUAUACAUAUGCUUGGGAUGAUCUUGGAACAUUUCAACGAGGAGUUUUUUUUAAUAAUAAUUACGAAACUUGGAAGAUUAAUAGAUAUCUUUUCUCACAGUCAAUAUCAACUCCUGGUUUCAAUAAUGAAUUUAUAAAGCAUAUUAAUAAGUCAUUUGAAGAACUGGACGGAUACUGGAAUUCGCUCAGAAAAUCCAGAUUGUCUGGUAAUGACCAGCUUGAAAUGGACUUUUUAUUAUGGAUAAAUAGGUUUACGAGUGAUAUUAUAUCAGUCUUAGUGACCGGUGAACAAGCUUACUCAAUGGCCUCAUAUUACAAUACAUUUGACUCUAUUGAAGAUUCUCUUUUUGAUAAAUCUAAAUUACAACACUCUGAUAAAUUUAUCAACGCAAUUAUAACACACAUAAGAGGAACAAUAUUCUUUGUUCAUGUUUAUCCAUUCUUGAGACGUUAUGUUCCAUUAAUCAAAGAUAAAGCAAAUUCUCUUUUAGAAAACAGAGAUUUUAUAUUUAAAACGUUAGAUGAUAUUAUUGAAAAGAGGAAAAUCGAACUUGCAAAAACUCCUCAGGAAUUAUUGUCAAGACAUGACAUACUAACUUUUCUCCUCAGUGUAAAUAAUGAUGCAAAGGACAAAAUAGCCGAUGAAGAGAUCAGAUCGAUUUUACUUGACGUUUUUCUUGAUUUAGUUUUUCCUUCUGAUACGUCUUAUGUGACUGCUGAUAUUAUUGCAAAACUUAAAUAUUGUGAAGCAAUUAUUAAAGAAACCGCUCGUAUAAUGCCAAUAACAUCCGUAUCAAAAAGAGUUGCAGUUGCGGAAUGUGAGGUUGCUGGAUACACUUGGCCAGCUAGAACCAUGUUUCACUUGAAUUAUGCUAGUAUUCAUAUGAAUGAAAAGUAUUGGGCAAAUCCUAAUGUUUAUAAUCCAGACAGAUUUUAUUUAAAAAAUAAUUUAGAUGAAUUUGAAAAUGAUUUAAGGACGUUUGAUAAUGAAGAUCAAAAGUUCUCACAUAAUAUGAAUAGGUAUUCAUUAGUUAUUUUUGGUGGAGGCGUAAGAAUUUGCCCUGGAAGAAGACUGGCAAUGAUUAAUAUGCUUUCAUUUAUGGCACUGAUGUUUAAAAAGUAUGAUGUAGAAUUGGCAAAUAUGCAAGCCCCAUUGAAUACAUAUACCAAGUUUAUUACUACUUGUCUAGGGUUAAAAAUUAAGAUCAAACCCAGAAAACCGUUAUAA